ACCUACAGUGUCCUUUUUGUUUUCCAAUUUUCGAACAUCACCAUGUUCCUCAAAACCCUCUUUUAAACCCUAACCCUCGUUGUUGCAAAACCUCUUUCUAUUAGUCUCCAUCUUUAGUUUGCCCUCUCUUAAAACCCUACAAAGAUUACUGGUUCUAAUGGCGAUUUCUGUACUGCUUAGAGGUCUUUCUUGCCGUAGUCAGAUUUCAACUUGUCUCUCUGCUUAUGAAUCUGUGUUCAGGAAUGUUAACACUCCAAUGCUUCCACGGUCUGGUUUCGUAUCGGGCAAAAUGCUAAGUUUGGGUAGUAGAGCAUUCUGCUCAAAACCAGAUCACAGUGGUCUGCAGAGAAUGAAACCAAGAUACUGCCUGUGACCAACCCAACAAAGAUACUGUUCAAGUAUGCACUUGCCAAUGACGAGCCUCAAGAAGAUAGCAAGUGCUUCAAAAUAAGAGAGGUAGUUGAGCCUCCUACGACUCCUACUGGAGACGCACUCUUUGAACUCAGUAAGGGGGGGUGUUAAAUAUCAAACCAUGGGAGGUACUAAAUGUCAACCCAUGAGCAGUUUCUUUGUCUAUGUUUUGGGAAUUUCUUUGGAAGCUGCGGAGUCAUUCAGCGGAAGAAGAGUAAUAUCGCUUCGUAUUAUAAAACCUCCAUUAUUCAAUCUGGAUCUGUGUAGUUUGUUGACCAAGGCAGAAGCAGUCUAUGGUUUUAAUGUUGGCAGCGUGAUUGCUGACGAGAAAAUUCGGGACUUAUAUCCCAGUGGGACGAACCCAGGCACCAAAGUUAUUACAAUCGCUGCUGAUUUUGAUGAUCUUCUCUUAGAUCGUAUUCGGGAAAUAAUAAGGAGGGGUGACAAGAUAGUGAUAAACUCAGCCUACUCAGACAAUUUUAUUACACUCACCGUCGAUCUUAAUGAUUUCCUUGAAAUACGUGUUUGGGAGAUUGUAACACAUGGUGAUAAGACGGUGUUGGAAAUGAUUGUGGGUGAGUUACGGAGAAAUGGUUUUGACUUCGCGAAAGAUCCACUGGCUCUCCAAAAGGUUGAGCAAGCCGUUGAGAGGGCAAUAGCGCGAGGUUCAAGUACCAUCAAGCUUAAUCUGCCAGUUACUUCUGGUCCUGAAAUGAGUAUGACAGUCAGUUGGGGCACAAGUGAUGGUUCCUUCUACGCGCGGUGUUGCCCAAGUAGUAUUCGUCCCUGGUGAUCCUCUUUUCUGUUCUUGUUUAGAAUACAUGGUAUGGACCAAUCGAUCAAUUAGCUGUGAAGAAACAAAUUAUGGCAUACUUUUGGCUGAACUAACUUCUUACUACUGUUUCAGUUUUAGUUUAUUGAGCAUGUAAGUAUAAUUGCUCUACUAGGCACUUUACAUAUGCAGUCAGAUUUCAGUGGAAA